AUGGCUGAGAAUAAUCUAUUUCAGUUGGCUCAAGUGGUCACUGAACUUCCACUCCAUCGCCAUCAUCUUAAGAUUGAGCAACAACAACAACAACAACAACAACAGCAACAACAGCCCUCCUCUCCUAUGCCAAAUACACGCUCCAGUGAUCCACAACAGCAACCACUAUUAGUCAGAAAAAAUGCUUGCAUUGUAUGUGCAAUCUGUUUCACUUGUUCAAAUUAUUUUGGCGUUAAUUGCCAGUGUUCAGAGACCCAACCGCGUCGUGGCAAGAAUCUACCAGAAGGAGGUCUUGAUUCCAGGGCAAAAAAAUUAUCGCCUCAAGAUAGAGAUGACUAUGAAUUUACAUUGAAAUGGUUGGAUGAAUUUACACACAGCAUUUACAGAGACAGAGAUCAUCAAAUUGUUGGUUUGAAUGACUUGACAGAGGUAUCACUUUGCAAGGCACAUUCUAGUACUCUUUACCGUGCCAAGAAGAGGCAUCAACGUAACAUGAAUCAACAGCAAGCUCCGCCUUCACCUGCUGAUUCUAAUGGCACUAUGAUGGAGGAUGUUCAUCGCUCUUCAUCGGUGGACUCUUAUCCGUUGUUGCCUCAGCCGUCUCCCAGUUAUUAUAGCAAUGUUGUGGGUGGAGGUGCUUUGGCUCAAAAAGUACGCGAAAUAUCCUUCCAGCAGCAAUACAGCAACAACAAUCGACAAGAUGCGAUGGCUGAAUCACCUGACUUUUCCAUGAUGACCACCUCUACAUCUGCAGUCAAGAGAAAACGGACAUCUACCAUCUCUAAACCACCCAAUGCAAGCGCAUCAACACCAUUAUUGUACUCUAAUAACCACCAUACUCAACAUCCACAUCAUCACCAUCAUUUACAUCACCCACAUCCGCCUCCACCUCCGCCUACAUCGUCGCAGCAACAGCAAGUCGCUCGCCCUAACCAUAGCUUCUCCUCACAAUUGCCACCACUUCAUUUACGUACACCAUCUUUAUCAUCAUUAUCCUCCACACUACAACACCAAUUGCAUGUGACACCCUCAUAUAAUUCAGCACGGCCCAUGAUACCUCCUACAUAUUCCAAAGUAAUAGAAACAGUUUCUUUGAAGAGCUCCCCAUCAUUGAAUAGCAAUGACGACCAGCAGCAACCACAACAGCAACAACAGCAAGUAUACUACAUCAGAAAUUUAGCUAUUACAGACUCUUAUACAUUUCGAGAUUUGUUAUCGGAAAUCGACUUUGCGGGAUCACCUCCACCCGGUAAGAGGGUCGUUAUUUCUGAUUUGAAACGAGAAAGGAUCUUCCCAUUAGGCCAAGCUAUACGAAGUGUGAUCAGAUACCCAACGGAUACACAUGUUGAAUUUUACCUGGGUCUUUCUGAAAAGGCUUCAAUUGACUGGAAUAACUAUCAUUAA